AUGGAGAAAAGCCUGGCCGCCCUCGCAGCGUACCAGAUAUCCAAUUUCUUCCAGGCAAACGGUCCCACCACACAAGCGGAAUGCGACGACCGAGCCCAGAGCAUGACCGGCCAGCCCGCCACGCCGACACGACUCCAGGGUGGAAGCAGCUACACGGUCCUCGCCGGAAACCAAGUGGUGCAGUUCAGGGCUCCCAGCGCCGCCCUCGACUUGGACUUUCUAGGACACGUCCACACGGCCUAUGCCGGGUUCAUGCCUUUGCCCAGUGACGAGGGCAGGCUGGGCGAGCUAUGCGUCUACUCGAUGCAGGAUGUCGGAGGCGUCUCCAUGUAUCUCGCUAGGGACAGUCUCUACGCAGAUGGCUGCUCCCUCUUGCGACGAACCCUGGCGGACUUUGCUCGCUUCUUUGCAUCAGCAUGGCACCAGACACCAGCGGCACUCCCGCAGCCAGACCGCGCAGCGCUGCAAUCCACAUACCUAGCCCAGCUCCAGCAGCUCAAAGCAGGGCUCCCGCCGCGCUUCGGCAGCGUGCUGCAGCAUCUGACCCCACGCGUCAAGGACAUCACGGCCAACAACUGGCCGCUCGUGCCCAACCACGGCGACCUGCUCGAGAACAACAUCCACGUGGACGCGCGCACGGGCGCGCUGACGGGCGUGUGCGACUGGGCCGACACACAAAUCGGCCCGUUCGGCAUGUCGGUCGGCGAGAUCGAGAACCUGCUCGGGAUCCCCAAGGCGGCCAACAAGCAGACGGCGCGCAACGAGCACGCGUACCACGCCAACCACGGCGAGCUGCGCGCGCUGUUCUACGACGAGCUGCACCGCGCCAUCGGCGGCGCGUCGCCCCAUGACAGAGAGCGUAUUGAGGAUGCGCGGCUGCUCGGGCUUUUCUUCAUGUACGGCUGGCGGUUUGAUGGCGAUGGGAACCAGCUCCCGGCCAGGGAGGACGACGCGAGCUUGCACCAUCUGGACGCGGUGCUGCGAGCCACCUGUGAUGGGUUUCACUGA